AUGUAUGGAAGUGCUAUUCAAGAGGAACUAAUAGGUAGAGUCAAACAGUCAGGUUUCUUUGCUGUACUUGCCGACGAAACUCAAGAUGUGUCACGUCAUGAACAGCUGUCACUUUGCCUUCGCUAUGUUGACUGCUCUUCUGGAAAGGCUCUUAUUCGAGAAGACUUUCUUGAAUUUGUUCAUGUUAGUGACGUUACAGCUGCAGCUUUAGCUUCGACGAUCAUGCAAAGGCUAAAAUCAUUCGGAUUAGAUUUGAAGAAUUUAGUUGGUCAGGGCUAUGAUGGAGCCGCUGUGAUGAGCGGACGGUUGAAAGGCGUAAGAACCAUAAUUACGAAUAAAUAUCCCCGAGCACAGUUCGUACACUGUGCAGCUCAUACUUUGAACUUAGUUUUGGCUCAUUCUUGCCAGAUCCCUGCAAUCAGAAACUGUAUCGGGACUAUUAAAAGCAUAAUUAACUUCUUUAGACAAUCAGCACUCCGAGAUGGCCUUCUAAAAAAAACUGCGGACGAGAUUGGAGCACCUCAUUCAACCCUUAUCUCGCUUUGUGAGACACGCUGGACGGAGAAACACACAGCCGUUGAAAGGUUUUCCGAGAUGUUUCCCGUGGUACUUGCUACACUUCAAGCUCUCCAAGAGUCGGAAAGGGAAGUAGCAACCCAAGCUUACCAGUUGCAAGUCGCAAUGGAAAAUAGCCAGUUUAUAGUGUCAAUGAUAAACCUACGUAAUGAACAGGAAUUCUCAAAUCUUUUUGAGGAAGCAAGAAAGUUGAGUUCCACUGAUAUAAGUGCUCCAAGAGUAAGUGGUAGACAAAUAAAUCGUAGUAAUAUACCAGGUCAAACUGCAGAAGUUUAUUAUCGACAAAAUGUGUUCUACCCGUUUAUCGAACACGUAACCACCGAGUUUGAUGCUCGCUUUAAGUCUCACGAAGAAGCAAUUUCAGGAAUUCAGUUGCUUCUGCCUAACCAGACUCAAAAUACCGAAGCAGCAAAGAAAUGUAUAGUAGGGAUAGGAGCAACAUUUCUUAGUGAAGUGGAAAUAAAAGGUUUGGUAAGCGAGUAUGAGCUCUGGCACAAUCAUUGGUCUAAUCAGGAAAAGCCCUCUACCGUAUUAGAAGCUAUGGACGGGUGUGACGAACUCUUUUUCCCAACGGUUAAGAAGCUUCUUCAAAUCUUAGCGACACUUCCAGUGUCAACUGCCACGCCUGAACGCAAUUUUUCCACUCUUAAGAGGCUAAAAACGUACUUAAGAAAUAGAAUGGGAGACGAGAGGCUUACAGGCCUCGCGCUUAUGAAAUAUCGCGAUAAAAUUAAAUGCCUCCGAAAUUAUAAAUAA